CGCCAGGAGGCGGAGCGCGUCGCAGGCUGCUCCCGUCAGUUCCCGAGGCGGAGACGGCGCCGGCCGCAGUUUAGCUAACAAUGAAUCAGAAAGAAAUGGCUGGCAAUCAAAACUCACGGGAUAAUUUGCUGGCAGAUUUCCCUCAAGGCCCCCUUUCCAGAUACCGUAAGAAAGCUUCCUUCAACUGGAAGGAGAUGGCACUUUUCAUAGAUGGUGAAGAUGUCAUCCAGCUGAAGAACAGAAUCUUCUCUGCUCUGGAAAAUGAUCCUCUCUUUGCACAUCAUCCUGGAGAGGAUUUGUGCCGUGAGAAGUACCAGGAGCUGACCUUCCUGCGCUGUAAAAGGCUCUUUGAGUACGAGUUCCUCACUCAGCAAGAAGCCAUGGCGGACCCAUUAAGGCUCUUUCAUAUGGUGAUCUUUAUAGGAAUGUAUGAUUGGUCUCUGUGUCUCAAGUUUUUCUUACAUUCUGGUUCAUUUUCAGGUUCAAUUAUGAGUGCUUCUAAGAGACUUGCAUACGUUUUGGAACAAGCUUAUAGCAUGGAGAUUUUUGGUUGUUUUGCUCUGACUGAACUCAGCCACGGAUCUAACACCAAAGGCUUACGGACUACAGCCACGUUUGAUCCCAGCACUCAGGAAUUUGUCAUCAAUACACCCGAUUUUGAAGCUGCAAAGUUCUGGGUUGGUAAUUUGGGGAAACAUGCCACUCAUGCAGUUUUGUAUGCCCAGCUCUAUACUCCUGAUGGACAGUGCCAAGGAUUGCAUCCCUUUAUUGUACAGAUUCGAGACACAAAAACUCUCCUACCAAUGCCAGGUGUGAUGGUAGGAGAUGUAGGAAAGAAAAUUGGGCUGAAUGGGUUGGAUAACGGAUUUGCCAUGUUCCACAAUGUCAGGAUACCAAAAGAAAACAUCCUGAAUAUAGCUGGAGAUGUCACAGCUGAGGGGAAGUACUCAAGUUCUAUCAAGGAGGUUAAAGAACGUUUCAGUGCAGCUCUGGGAUCCUUGUCCAGUGGCAGAAUUAUGAUCACAGGACUUUCCACAACCAACUUAAAGCUUGCCUUGGCAAUAGCCAUUCGCUUCUCAGCAGCUCGCCGUCAGUUUGGACCCACUGAGGAUGAGGAAAUACCUGUCCUUGAAUACCAAACACAGCAAUGGCGUCUUUUACCUUAUCUGGCUGCUGCAUAUGCCUUAGAUUAUUUCUCAAAGUCCCUGUUUGGGAACUUUGUAGAGUUUUUUGCAGGUGUUUUGGCAAAGGACAGGAAUCAGAGACAGGCUGAUUUGGGACGUGAGAUUCAUGCUUUAUCUGCUGCCAGCAAAUCACUGGCAUCUUGGACUGCUCAGCAGGCAGCCCAGGAGUGCCGAGAAGCUUGUGGAGGGCAUGGUUACCUUGCCAUGAAUCGUCUGGGUGAAAUCCGAAAUGACAAUGAUCCAAACUGCACAUAUGAGGGAGAUAACAAUGUCCUGCUUCAGCAAACCAGCAACUACUUAAUGAGCUGGAUGAAUUACAUAAGAGAUAAAGCUCCUUUUGAAUCCCCUUUGGGAACAAUAAACUUUUUGCAAGACUACCAUCAUAUUCUUGGCUGGAAAUUCACAGCCAUUAGUGUUGAAGAUUGCAUGGACUCCUCAGUUCCUUUAGCAGCUUAUAAAUGGUUGGUUUGCUACCUGCUCCGAGAAAGUGACCUAAAAAUGAAUAAGGAGAAGCAGGCUGGACAAAGUGAUUUUGAGGCAAAAAACAACUGUCAGGUGUACUACUGUCGGUCUCUGGCUCUGGCUUUCAUUGAGCAGACAGCCUUACAGCGCUUCCACGACUACAGCCACGAUCCCAGCGUCCCAGCAGCUCUGCAGCCUGUGCUGAGGCAUCUCAGUGCUCUCUAUGGGCUCUGGUCCUUGAGUAAACACCUGGCUGUGCUCUACCAAGGUGGCUAUGCUUCGGGGGAACAACCUGGGAAAUUUAUUCAGGACGCUAUUCUGAAGCUCUGUUACAGGUUGAAAGAUGAUGCAGUUGCCCUGGUUGAUGCCUUUGCUCCUUCUGACUUCAUUCUCAAUUCUGCUAUUGGUAAAGCAAGUGGAGAGAAGGGCAGCAUAUUUGCCAUGGAGUGAUAACCAGGAGUUAGAAAACAACCUGGAAGGACCAACAUGGAUCUGGAGUUUGUCCUGUGGCUGUGACUGAGACAUGAUUCAUGCUUUCCACACGUGAUCCACGAGCCAGGACAGCUUCCAGGGCAUCCAGAGGAAAGCCACCAUGCUGCCACUGUACUGUAGAGCAUAUCCUGCACUUACCACCUCCUGACCACUCCACAGGGCUUUUGGGGCAGUCUGUCCACAAGCAAUGGGCAACCAUUGCCUGAGAAUGAAACUUCUUUAUACAGUGUUUUGGGGUUUUUUGUAAAAUGUAAGAAUCAAAACAAAAAUGUAUAGACAGAGAUAAUUUUCUAUGGCAAAAAUAUGAGGUUCAAUAAAAUGGUUUAUAAAGAAGCAGAAAUAUUCAACAAGUGGUUCUGCACUGUAUUUAUGUGUUCUUAUCACUGGGAUGUGAUGAAGUACUUUCCAAUCCCUCAGUAACCCAGAAAGCUGUUAAGCAACACAUACUAUGGUAAGCACUAAAAUCAGCAGAGCCAUGUAACAAAAUGGUGAAGACUUGACUGGCCUAAGCACACUCAUUUAUCUUGUAUUUAAGACUAUCAAAGAAAUUCCACCAGGCUAGAGUCAGCUGUUCUACCAACAUUUUAAAAGGACGAAAAGUCACAAACUUGAUUCUAUGAAAAACAAACUAAUGGAAAACCUAAAGGGGGAUUAAGUUAAUAAAAUAAAUACCAUAUAGCAAUACAAAAAAUAUCAAUCAGAGAUUUUACAGAAAAUACAGUUUCUCAGACACACCUGAUUUAAUUCCAGGUAUUCCCAAACUCUGAUUUUUGCAUAUAUGUGACAUGUAACAUAGACAUUUACCUCUAACACACCAUAUUUUGUGUCUCAUGACACUGAGAUGAAGAAAAUCAGCAUUCUGUCUAUCUGCAAACACACUCAGGAAGCCAUCAGUGGAGAAAUCAUUCUCUGUGCUUUAGGGAUGUUAUUAGAGAUAAUC